AAGUCUGCGAGAAAUAAGCUGUAAAGGCUGCAGUGUUCGAAAUUGCCUCUAUCGUGAGGUUGUUCUUGGUUACUCAUACCCCAAAUAUGUGAUUUUUAUUUCAGAAACAAAGACGGUUUGAAAGGAUUUACAUUCUCCGCACUAAAAUUCAUUGUAGGGAAAGAAGAAAUUCCCACCCAUUCUUAUGUACCGGAAGGAGCUUUUGUAAAGAAAGAAAUCAAAAUAAAACACUGCGAAGAUCUAACGCAACAAAUGAAUUUUAUUGCGGCGACAAAAAAAAUCGUGGACAAUAUAUGCAAAAAUGGUCCCAGGCACAGAUGCUGUAAGCACUACGAAGAUAAUUGCAUCUCAUAUUGCAUUAAAGGUUUCAUUAGGAUGUUUAGCGUCGGAUACUUGAUCCAGUGUUGCCUUCGCAUCCCAUCCGCGUUCCGACAUCUGUUUACAAAUCCAUCCCGGCUUCUCUCACUUUUCUACAACAAAGAAAACUUCCAGCUUGGAGCUUUCCUUGGGUCAUUUGUCAGCAUAUACAAAGGUACAAGCUGUUUCCUGCGAUGGGUCCGGAACCUGGACGAUGAAGUACACGCACUCAUUGCAGGAUCCCUAGCGGGAUUGUCCAUGAUGUUUUACAAAAGCACAACUAUUUCAAUGUAUCUGGCUUCCAAACUGGUAGAGACUAUGUAUUUCAAAGGCAUUGAAGCUGGAAAGGUUCCUUAUUUCCCUCACGCAGACAGUAUAAUCUACGCUGUAUCCACCGCCAUCUGCUUCCAAGCUGCUGUGAUGGAAGUCCAUAACCUGAGACCUUCAUAUUGGAAAUUCCUAUUGCGAUUAACAAAAGGAAGAUUUGGUGUCAUGAACAGAAAAGCACUGGAUGUAUUCGGUACCGAAGCAUCUAUGUAUUUUAAGGAUUUCUCUCCAGAACUCGACCCAAGAUAUACAGUUAUGCCACCAGCAAGACCUAUUCAAAAAUCUUGGAACUGAUGCAUCCGUUUGUGAUUAUGUUUUACCACCAGCUGUCCUAAAGAGUUAAUUAACUUAAUAGUCAAAUAGAUGGAAGACUGCUUGUGUUCCACAUCAGUAUUGUUUCAGUGAGUUAUGUUAUACAAUCAAAAUACUGAAACACCGUUGCAAGGUGUGGCUUAAUUCCACUUCCCUUCUUAGAUAGAAGCUCUGGAUCACUGUGGAUGGUUGACACAACCUGGUAGAUUGUUUUUUUUAAAAAAAAUUGCAUUAUAUAUCAAUGGAUUAAUAUAUGAAAAAUAUUUUUUUUUAAAAAAAAAAUGCCCAGAUGUGGUUUAAACCAGGGGUCUCCAACGUUGGCAACUUUAAGACUUGUGGACUUCAACUCCCAGAGCUCUGCUGGCUGAGGAAUUCUGGGAGUUGAAGUCCACAAGUCUUAAAGUUGCCAACGUUGGAGACCCUUGGUUUAAAAGAUAUACAUCCACAGUUCACACUGAUUCAUUCCAGUAGGUAGCUUUUUUAAAAAAAGAAAAGAAAAAGAAAAAAGAAAAAUGAUAUUUUUACAUUUAGAAAUAAAAGAUACGUAAAACAAAUAUAUGUAUAUGUAUGCUAUAGUUGCAGAUCAGAUUCUAGCGGAAAAGAUUUUCUUUUAGAUGGAUUUUUUUUUUUAAAAAAAGAUUAUUAUGGCUCUUGACAAUUGUUUUAAAAAAGGCAAUAUCGGUAUUUUAUUUAUACAGCUGCACUGUUUAUAUCCAACUUUGGCUUUGAAUACUGCCUUCUGAGAGCAUCUAUUCUCCAAACCCAGUUGCACACUGAGAGGUAAAAAAAAAAAGGGGGGGAGUCGGACAUUUGGACUUUUCAAGAGGAAUGUAGCAGUUUUCAGUUUUUGCAUACAUGAAUUGAAGAGAAAAAAAAAUUACACUGUUCUGACAACAUUCUUCAGAAAGUGACUAUGCCACUGAACACACAGCUGUCUUGAUUUUAUAAACUUAAAUGUUGCUUUCUGGUAACAUUCAAAGCGAACCCAAGAUCUUACAUUCGGUGGAUAAAGUAAAACAGGGGGACGUAUUAAGAAUAUUGGUGAUAUCUACUUCUACAGAUUGCAUUAGCUGAUUUUUCUGAUUGGCCCGUGAUAGUGUAAAGCUGGUCAUUGCACAAGCCACUUGCUUUGAUGGAUUAUCUGAUUUCUGGUUUAACAGCCACUUUAGUAUAGCUGCACGUGAACUGCAAGGAAGGACUUUCGAAGCGUUUGAGAGAUUAAAAGGGGAAAAAAAAAACCUACUCAGAUCUGUACGAUAUCUUAAAAGCUGAAAUACCUGUGAUCAAAAGUACCAGAAAGAGAGAGAUUGCUUGGUACUAGAUUUAAUUUCUGUACACUGAUUUUCCCCCUCUAUCUAUUAUAUGAUUUGAACAUGCACACAAAUUAACCAGUAUUAUUUCAUUCACUGUAACAAUGAUGCCGCAUUCACAGGACAGGAGCAUAAAUUUUUUUUUUCAUCCUAAGGAAUUUGUCAGAAUUGCCAUUCAGACUAAACGAAUGGAAAUGAAAGUGGAAUCAGGGGGGGGGGGGGAAUUGAUAUCAUAUCAUACCGUAGAGCACCUCUCUCUUUCUAAUGUGAAAUAAUAUUUCAAUCAUAAUUUGCACUUAUGUUCCAGUCGUUUGGACUAACAGGGCUGAUUGUGUUUAUUAUCUUUAUUGGAGAAUGAAAUCAUGCGUCAGUCUUUUAAGAGACUAUUGAUUAUGCUUGUUCAGUAUUAUCUUUUCUUUCUCCCCCAGUCCGUAGACUUUACAUCUGGUUUUGUCAAAUGUUUUUGAAUCUGCUUCUGCCCUUGAGUGUGGAUCAAAAAGGUUAUUUAAAUCAGAUGGCUGCCCUAAAAAUUGUCACUGCCAAUUGUGUGAUACAGGAAGUGAUGCAUUAUCAAUUGCUAGAUGAGCAGAAAGUUUGAAUGUCCUAGAUAGUGGUGAGUGAUGAAUCUUCCUGAUCAAUAGCAAUAACACUUAGACUUGUAUACCGCUUCACAGUGAUUUACAGCCCUCUCUAAGCGGUUUACAGAGUCAGCCUAUUGCCCCCAACAAUCUGGGUCCUCAUUUUACCGACCUUGGAAGGAUGGAAGGCCAAGUCAACCUUAAGACGGUCAGGAUCGAACUGCAGGCAGCCAGCAGUCAACAGAAGUACUGCAUUAUAACCACUGCGCCAUCACGGCUCACAAUAUUCCUUACGUAAGGCAAUAGAGCAAGUUCUUCAUAAAAGUAAACUUAGGACUCACUGAUCUAUCCAACUCCCGUCUCAUGUGUUGCGACUUUGAAGUCUGCUGAAAUAGUUUGAAGAACCCCAAGAAAUACCCUGAAAAUAUAAAUAGUAUAAGAUGUAGGGCAGUUAGUUAAUGCCUGGAAGAACAAAGAACAUAGAAUAACGGGGUUAGGAGGGACCUUGUUGGUUGGAUUUGAAGAAUAAAUAAAUAGAAGAAAUGCCUGGUCAGCAUUUAUUUUUAAUUCUGUCUCUAAACAUCAGCAUUUCUUUUAUCUGAACAUCCUAGUUUCUUGAAGGGAAAAGAUUUUAAGAAAUUAACUUGAAGGACAGGAGAAUUUAGAUGGAAUAGGAUGGAGGUCAUCUGCAGUCAGGAUUGAGUAUGAAAGAGCCAGAAUGAUAUUCAAAAGUUUGAGCACUUUCCUUUUAUUCUUUUUUAAAAAAUUAUUAUUAUUCAGGACAGGAUGGGAGAUCUCACCUGUAAGGGUAGAAAAAAAAUGGGAAUUUGGGGAGGGGGCAAAAAGUGCACAGGAUUCCAAUUGACUGGAAUCCUGAGGAGGAAGAGAUUUAUGAUGUACCACAGAUACCCAAGCUCUUUGAAUGUUCAUAGUUGUUGUGUGAUUCAUUUAUUUAGAUACCACUUCUAUAUCAGGCUGCCAUCCCAAAGCUCUCCAUGAUGCAGUGAUAAUAAUAAUUUAAACCUCCAAGAUACUUUAAAUGUUAAAAAUUAAAUCAUAAAACCACGAACCAAUAAUGAUCCUCUCGGCCACAGUCACAAAAAUAAAACGAAGGCCAUGAAUAAAAAUAGGAAUAAAAGAAGAUGCAAGCCAUGAACUUGGCACUCUCCAAAGGAGCUCAGUUUUUUAAACAUCUUUCUAAAAGUCCUCAGGGAUGUCCAAACUCUACCGCUGAAAAUCAGCACCUUCUGGCUUCAAUUCCAGUCAUCUCCUGGAAGUGAAGGACCACAAGGAGCUUCUCCCUAAAUAAUCUGGCCACUUGGGCUGAUUCACAUUGGAGAGGGUGGUUCUAUAAGGUGCCCAGGUGCCAAGCCAAAAAGGUCAUUUUGGAUCACAUAGCAGAAGAGAAGACAAAUUUGAAAACACAUGGGUAUUCUGUGGAAGUAUCUAUUCCCUAGUUAUCUUCAGUUUGAAAACUAAUUCAAAACUUUUGAAAACUAACCAGGGGUAGGAUUCAGAAAUCUUAGCAACUGGUUCUCUGCCCAGUUGCUGGGUGGGCGUGACCAUGGUGGGCGAGGCCUACUCGGCCUCCUGCACCAUGGGGGGGCAUUUUUGCUCUCCCCAGACUCCGGAGGCUUUCUUCGAGCCUCCGGGAGGGCGAAAACGGCCUCCCCCGGGCUCCGGAGACCCUCCAGAGGCUGGAAACUGGACCGUUUUCAGACUUCUGGUACUUCCGGUAGGCACAUUUUUCACCCUCCCUAGGCUCUGGAGGCUUUCCUCGAGCCUCCAGGAGGGCGAAAACAACCUCCCCUGGGCUCCAGAGGCCCUCCGGAAGCUGGAAACAGGCCUGUUUCCAGACUUCCAGAACUUCCGGUAGGCCCGUUUUUCGCCCUCACAGAGCCUCCGCGCAGACCCUGCACUUACCUGGCAUCCAAAACGGGCUGUGUGGAGACUUUUGGGAGGGGCGGGGUGGGGUAGGCGGGGUCAGCCAAUCCUUGCAACAACUGAUUCAGCAAACCAGAUUAAAAUUAACAUCCGGUUCACCCAAACUGGUCUGAACCGGCUGAAUCCCACCCCUGAAACUAACCCAAAAAUGUCAUUUUGGGUCACAAAGCAGAAGGGAAGACAAAUUUGAAAACACAUGAGUAUUCUGUGGAAGUAUCUAUUCCCUAGUUAUCUUCAUUUUGAAAACUAAUUUGUUUGGGAAAUGCAAAUAAAGGACUUAAAAGGACUUAAACUUUGCAAAGACUCAUAGUCUUUUUUUGCAUUUUGGCUUAAGGUAGAUCUUUGUAUUUGAGCCCAGAUCUUUUUUUUUUUUUAAAGUUUCUUCAUAAUGAAGCUUACUACCUAUAUUUAUUGUUAAGAUCUUUUUCAGGUAGGCUCAGAUUGCCGCUAGCAGAUGUUAUUCAGCUUUUUUUUUUUUAAAUAGAAUCACUUUAGAAAUUUAAUAUCUGUGCAACUGCACCUCGCAGAAGAUUGAUUUCUAAAACCCAUUGAUUAUAUCCAGGAUCGUAGAAGUUUCAUAGAGCUGUGUCAGAUUAUGUGGUAAGUGAAAACUGACUUUUAGGGAGACACUUGUGUCUGAAGAACAAGUGCUUUCUCUGGGUGCGUUCCUUUCUCCAGGAAAAAAAAAAUUACCUUACUCUGAGGAAAACACUGGAAUUAAAAUAAAAAUGUUGAAUUUUGCACAUUGUGGCAGACUUCUGAGUGGGGAAUACUUUCUGUGCAAUACACUUUGAUGUUUCUGAUCAGGGGGACAACUUGUCUAUAAAAAGCUUUCACAUUUUUGUCUGCCCUACUACUGUUUUUUCUCUAUCUAUGAUCUUUAACAGGCCAAUAUAAGCAUGUUCUGUUGAAGUAAAAUAUGAUUGCAAGGGAUAGUUCUUGUAAAAAGUGUUCAUUUCCCUCACAAUUCCUCUAUCAGCUGAAUGUGCUUCCUUCUUGGAAUUAUGGAGUUUUAAGUCCCAUUUAAAAAAAACAAAACAUCCUCUUUACUCCAACAAUUAAUUUUCCAAAUAAAUACACUUAGGAGUUAGGAGAUAGCAUCCAUGUCAGGUAUUUGGACUUUCCUACAUAAUUCACUGUAAAACCUUAAGUAGUAUGUAUGUGCAGGAAGCACUUCUAUCAAUUUCUUAGUGAUGAUGGAUUUUUGUGUAACGUGGAAGAAUUAAAAACAAAAGGACUGAAUUUAUUGUUUUGACUGGAACAGUUGGAAAUAAACAGUCAGCUCUGCAGUCUCUCAAUCCUGAUGAUUUAAAUAUUUGCUGAUUGCCCUUGAAUUAAUUUAAUAAAGAGACGUUUCUUUUAAAGAA